AUGACCGUCAACUCUACAACUGGUGACCAGGACGACAGCAGCUCUCAAAAGGCGCGGUUCUAUACUCCGGAUGAUGUGGCACUACAUAACUGUGCGGAGGAUUGCUGGUUGUCACUCUUUGGGCAGGUAUUGGAUUUGACGGAGUUGAUACUCGCCAAUAGGGGACCACUGGCGGAUCCUCUAAUCGCAGCGGCGGGGACUGACGUCUCCCAUUGGUUCCAUCUUCCUCCACCACCUGACGUCAAGAAGUCAAAACCACGGGGAAUCGGUGGCGGCGACAGGUCGAACAAUAAAGCAUUGUCAACCAAGACAGUCAAGGAGGGUGGCGACGGCAACGGGCGGCUGGAGGAGUGCGAGAAUGCGAGCGAACCGCGGACAUUCGUCGACCCACAGACGGGGCUGACAACGCCAUAUCUACCCAUGGGGAGCCAACCAACUCGGAUACCCCCCAACCUGGGUACUGCCUGUGAUUCGCUUACUACUGUGACCCUGCCUCAUCGAAUCGAGAAGCUGACGCGGAAGGCACGGCCGCUGCGGGUGGUGAACAUUUUAUCUAGGCAAGAAGAUCAGCUCUUGGUGGCGUGCGAGGACACAAUUGCGGACAUUCAGGACGAGAGGUUCUUAGGCGUGGGUGCUAACUCUGUACUGCUACACCUGCAGAAGUUCGUCCCGGCGAAGAUGGACCAGACCCUGGAGGAAAACGGGAUCGUGGACGAUGACCUGGCUUUCGAGAAGCUCGGCAUAGACGACGACGGCUACAUGCCGAUCCUGCACAUCUACUUCAACGACGAUCUUACCAUCGCGUAG